AUGACGCACAGCCAGGGGUACAGGUGUAAGACGCGCUACUGCUUCGCACGCAAGUUCCGUAGACACGGAAUGGCCAACCUGACGACAUACAACCGCGUCUACAAGCUCGGCCAGUACGUCAACAUCAAGGUGAACGGGGCUUAUCACAAGGGGAUGCCCCACCGCUACUACAACGGGCGCACAGGCACAAUCUUCAACAUCGGGCCGCGUGCCCUCGGUGUCCAGAUCCAGAAGCGCGUCCGCGGCCGCAUCAUGCUCAAGCGCAUCAAUGUGCGUCUGGAGCACGUUCACCCGUCAGACUGCAGGAAGAACCACCUGGAGCGCGUUGCCGCCAACGACGCUGCCCGCAGGCUCGCGAAGGAGACCGGCCAGCCUGUCCCAUGCCUCAAGAGACAAAACGCCCUUCCCAGGGCCGCACACGUGGUCAGCAUAGCAUCUGCCAUCGACAUCACCCCACUCAAGUAUGACGGAGUUUUCUAG